AUGGGCCUGAUCUGGCUCCUGCUGCUCAGCCUGCUGGAGCCCGGCUGGCCCGCCGCGGGCCCCGGGGUGCGGCUGCGGCGCGAUGCGGGCGGCCGCGGCGGCGUCUACGAGCACCUCGGCGGGGCGCCCCGGCGCCGCAAGCUCUACUGCGCCACCAAGUACCACCUCCAGCUGCACCCGAACGGCCGCGUCAACGGCAGCCUGGAGAACAGCGCCUACAGUAUCCUGGAGAUAACGGCAGUGGAGGUGGGCAUUGUGGCCAUCAAGGGGCUCUUCUCCGGGCGAUACCUGGCCAUGAACAAGAGGGGACGGCUCUACGCUUCGGAGGACUACAACGCCGAGUGCGAGUUUGUGGAGCGGAUCCACGAGCUGGGCUACAACACGUACGCCUCCCGGCUGUACCGGACGGUGCCCAGCGGGCCGGGGGCGCGGCGCCAGCCCAGCGCCGAGAGACUGUGGUACGUGUCCGUGAACGGCAAGGGCCGGCCCCGCCGGGGCUUCAAGACGCGCCGCACGCAGAAGUCCUCCCUCUUCCUGCCCCGCGUGCUGGACCACAAGGACCACGAGAUGGUGCGGCUGCUCCAGCAGGGCCGGGCUCCGCGGAGGGCCACCCAGCCCCGGGGGCGGCGACAGCAGCAGAGGCAGCAGAGCCGGGGAGGUCGCAGGGCCCCCCAGGCCUGA